AUGUCUGUUGUAACCCCCACCGAGUUAGUAUACGGAGAUGGAGACAAGGCUGGUGUUGCAUUAAUCGCAUUCCCUGCGUUGAUUUCACUUGCGGCCAUUGUAUCUUUACUUAUCUUCAAAUUCCCCAAGAGACAAACGUUCCAAAAUUCUCACAUGCUUGGGUAUUUUCUCUCUCUACUUUUUGCCAAUGUCUUGCAAUCUAUCGCCUCUGUAAUGGAUUUCGAGUGGGUAGCAAAAGGAAGGGUAGUCUCAGGCGGUCUCUGUAGUUCCCAAGGUGGCAUCAAGCAGAUUGGGAACCUCGCAGCGUCAAUUUGGUCGCUAAUCAUUGCCAUCCAUCUCUUUCAUGUUCUGUUUCUCCGAAUCCGUGCUACAAGACCUGUGUUCAUUGGAGCCAUCAUCUCAGCUUGGGCUCUGGUACUUCUUAUACUCUUUAUCGGACGAUUCGGAUUUCAGAGGGAAGAAAAAGGGCCCUAUUUCGGAAUUGCGGGAACUUCAUGUGGGAUAACGUCUAGCUAUGCUACUGCGCGAGCAGCAUUGGAUUACCUUUUUUCUUUUCUAUCGAUUGGGCUGGGACUCGUUCUAUACGUACUCGUCCUCCUCCGUGUACAUGGGCUGCUCAUUAGGGACAAAUACCACCAUUGGCGUCUAAACUUCCGUAGAAAGGACAACGAUUGGAGUCGAGUGAUCAUCCAGGAUAACGCCAUCAAUGAAAUUGCACGGAAAUUGGUCUGGUAUCCUGUAUCAUAUUCGGUCGUCCUGAUCCCCAUCACAAUCGUUCGAGUUAUCCAGUUCAAUGGCACGGCUGUGCCAUUUUCGAUAACAGUUAUUACGGGAUUUAUCUUCAACAUGAUGGGCUUCAUCAAUGUAAUCAUGUUGCUAUAUAUCGACCGUCACACACCUCAAACGGGGUUGCCAUUGUUCUCUAGUGCAUCCCGAGCCGGCACACCUUUUUCCUUCAAUUCCCGUGUAGAGACGCCGUAUUCCUUUGAGUCCCGUGCCAAAUCUCCUUUCUCUUUCGAGAAAGGUCGUGAUGUUGUGGAAAUCGACAUCAAACCAGAAGACUUUAAACCCUCUUCAAAAAGCUCACAGCAGCCACGAAAUGUUCUCGUUAAACUCCCAAAACAGCCUCCCAACACUUUUGUUGCUCCGGAUUCAUGGAAGACCACUGCCCCUAGGGGAAGGCAUUAUUAG